UUUAAUAGUUUCUUUAACUUCGAAAAAUGACUUUUUAGACGGUAUAAAAUCAGAUCAAAAUUCAAAAAAUUUAUAUAAAUCUUAAGCAAAUUCUUUUUACACAUUUUAUUAUGUGUGUGUAUAUUUUUGCAAUUGCUAUUAAUAUGCACAGUUUUUGGUAAAUACGUAAUCUAAUGAGAACUGGAACCUUAAAAGAAAACCUAAGGUGGGACCCAAUAGCUGGCAAUCGUGAAACGCUGAUAUCAGAAGACAACGGCGUCGUGGAAGCCCUGAAGCCCCAUCUUCUUCUUCUUCCUCGUAUUACUAUUGUUCGUUACUAAUACAUCCCAGCACUGUACAGAAGCCCCGAGUAAUAAGUGUGCAGAAAAAAGAGAAACAACUGCAACAAGAAGAAAUAAAAAGAAAGAAAAUGAACCAAAACAGUAAUAAUAGCCAGCAGCAGCAGCAAUCGAGCGAUGGAAGGCAUGACGAUGACGCAGCUCUAACGGAAUUCCUCUCUUCUUUGAUGGAUUACACUCCUACUAUACCUGACGAAUUAGUGGAACAUUACUUAGGCAAGAGUGGAUUUCAAUGUCCAGAUGUUCGAUUGCAAUGCAAGGCGCGUCAAUCAGCAGUUGUCAAAGACAAAAGAGAGAAGCAGCAAAAGGAUAAGCGCCUAAUCUUGACAAUGGAGGACCUCUCUAAGGCGCUGCAUGAGUAUGGUGUAAAUGUGAAGCACCAGGAGUAUUUUGCUGAUAGCCCAUCAACCGGUAUGGAUCCUGCUUCAAGAGAUGAGUAAUCUGGCUUGGAUUUACAAGUUUGUUGUUUUUCACAUUUGUUUUGUAUGUUUAAGUUUGUAAACAACUUCAUACAUUUCCUCUUGCUGUUCAAGCAUUCUGCUUACGAAAUAGACGGUGUUUAGUUUGGAGAGAAAAUGUUUUAGUCCUGCAUGCCAUUGUAAACAUUGGAUGUCUGGCUACUCUGCCUUCAUGUUUCCCUGACCUCUUGAUACUGUAUAUGUAUAUGCCAUAUGCGAUUCGAAAAUUGAAGUUGGAAGCUACUGCUUUGGAAUCUAA